AUGUCAACAACGCACAACUGCCGUAUCGCCUCCCACAAACUUGAAAUGAGCACGACGCAGAGUGAUGCGACAGUGGCAAACGCUAACCCCAGUGGUACAGUCAAAACAAGCGCGUCCAUAUAUUUUCCGAUCUUGACAGCGGGAUUUCUACUUUUUGAGUGUCUCUGUCGGCGCUUUCGUGCCGUCUACGACUGUCGUCACGAAGAGGAAAAGAUUUUUAGUGCGUCUUUAUAUACUCGUUCUGGUAAGAUAUUUCGUUGGGUUUACGCCAACUUUUGCGUAUCAGACGAUGAAGUAUUGCAUAGAUGUGGCCUGGAUACGCUUACUUUACUUCGGUUCUUGCGCCUUGGUCAGAAACUGGCACUAUUAGCUGUGGGGUGCUCGAUAGUGCUAUUUCCACUGUACGCAACGGCAGUACAGCCAUUGACAAGUCGAGUUUCUAUCGAUCCACUCACUCGAAUAUCUAUGAGCAAUCUACCUGAACGCAGUGACAGAUUGUGGGCCCCGACAGUGGUUGCGUUCGUGAUGUCAACAUACGCUAUGAAGUUGCUUAUCAAAGAGUACAAAGUGUACGUGAGUUGUCGUCAUGAUGUAAUGGGUAGAAUGGAGGCACCACAGUAUUCAGUGCUGGUCAACGACCUGCCGCUACAUCUGCGAACGCGCCAGACGCUGGAAAGGUACAUGUCUAAGAUCUUUCCAUCGUCCAUUAGAAAUGUGUACGUGGCACUCGAAUGCGCUACGCUGAAUGCGCUGUUGAAUCGUCGCGAGAAAUCCCGAAACGAUCUCGAGCACGCAUUAGCUAUGUGCGAUCGAUCAUGCAAGAGACCGCUGCAUCGUAAGGGGCAAUCAUGGAUUGGUAUGAUGGUGUGUCAAAAUGGUAGUCGAGGUGUCAUCGUUGAUAGCAUUGACCACUAUCAAAACGAACUAGCGACGUUAAAUGAAGAGGUUGCGAAUGAAAUACAGAGUAUUGAUAAUGCGCAGGCACAGCUGGCGUCUCAAGUUGAAAUAGAAGAGCGUGGAAUGGACAGUCUUGGCGAUAGUGAAAAGCGAGACAUGGCUGAUCCCGGGCGAAAUUGGCCAAAAAGGAUAAAGAUGUUUAGACGAGACAGCGAGAUGAAGGAAAGCCAAUUUGUUGAUCGUAGUGGGGGAGCGGAGCAAUUGCGAAGUAGUUCUGAUAGAAACGAUAUAGACGAAUUUGACACGAAGAAAACACAUCAAGGCGAGCGGGAAAUGAAUCAGUACGAGCGGGAUCAGAUUCGAAACCAAAAUCCAAUCCGGGUGAUGAGACGGGCCGCAUUUGUCUCAUUCACGUCACUCAUGUCAGCGCAAGUUGCGCAACAAACGUCGCAAUCAAAAGAUCCAGAAUGCAUGGCUGUUAUGCCGGCACCACAUGUAGACGAUAUCAGUUGGGAAAACAUUGGGCUUCGCUAUCAAACUCGAAUGUUCGGAACGCUUCUAUCGUCCUUAGUGUCUGCAACAAUUGUGUUAUUUUGGACGAUUCCAACCGCAUUUGUGGCCUCGUUAGCCUCAGUUGAGUCUCUUCGACGCACGCUUCCGUUUUUAAACAAAGCCAUUGUUAAUUAUCCCAUUCUCGAAGAGAUAUUUAAGCAAAUUGCACCGAUAGCCCUUGCUUUACUGAGUGCCUUGGCGCCUCUGGUAUUUAAUUUUCUAUCGGAUAGAGAAGGUCACCCAUCGAAAACUGAAGUUCGGGCUGCAUUAUUUACAAAAUUGGCAUAUUUUCAACUGGUCCAAAUUUUUUUCGUUACAGUGAUUGUCGGCACGAUCUUGGACAGUCUCAAAGAGAUUUUAAAUCAGCCAAAACAGCUUGUAUCCAUGCUAGGACGUAGUAUGCCGCAACAGUCUACAUUCUUCAUCUCGUACGUGAUUGUACAGACGGGUUUGGGGCUAAUUUUGGAAUUACUGCGUGUGGUACCACUGGUUUGGUCGGCUUUAUUCGCACUUUUGGCGCCAAAACACACACGACGUGAGCGCAAUUCAUCAUGGAUGGGUCUUCGCAAUAUUUCCAAGACGGAUCCAUUUGAUCCAACAAAUUCUCUUGCCGAUUGCUUCCUGGUUUUAUUGGUGACACUGACGUUUGCACCAAUCGCGCCUUUAGUCUGCUACUUUACGUGGCUCUUUUUUUUUAUGGCUGAAAUUGUUUAUCGUCGUCAGAUACUUUACGUUUACAAACCAACAUGUUUUGCAUUAGGAGCAUACUGGCCGCGCUUGUUCAAAUUUUGCAUCAUCGCUCUCGUUGUUGCUCAGCUCACGCUCAUUGGAAUUUUGUCUCUCAAAAAGGCAGCGAUACCUUCUAUUAUGAUUACUGUGCUGAUUAUUAUCGUGCUGUUGUUCAGUUACCACGUUCUUUCACUCUAUCCAAUUGUGGCAAAGUUUUUACCGUUAAUGGAGUGCCAGCCAGCAUUUCAUCAGCGAACUCCUAUUCGAGCAGACUAUCGAAUGCUGGCAAAUAAUUACAGCGAUAAAAUUGCCUUGACGUCACCCGAAGUAUACCCAUUUGACGAUCAGUACUUAUUUACAACUGAGGUCUAA